UAUGUUUAAAAAUGGUCUGAAAGUGAAAAGAAAAUAGUUUAAAAAUAAAAAUUCCAAAUUUUGUUUCGCCUAUAAAAUUUAGUUUCAAACGAAAAAAAUUGUUGCAAAUUUUCAAUGAUCUCUCAUCACAAACUUUUAAUUUAAGAAAAAAUGAAUAUACAUUUGCUCCUAUCCCUUCUCAUGUGUAUGCUCGUCAGAUCAAUGAAGGUGUCUAGUAAAUUCCGCCACGAUCUGAAAAUAACAAACGGAGUGCCAGCAGAUAACCUGUACCAAUUCGUCGCUAGGAUAGUGUUCAAGCGAGGCACGCUCUGUACUGGCAGCAUUAUAAGUAAACUGUACACGCUAACGGCAGCGCAUUGCCUCUUGAAUCCGAAUGACAAAUUUAUUCCAGCUGCACAAGUAUUGGUACAGUACAAGUUAUUAAAAUUUGACUUAGAAGCUCCCGAAGAGAAUUUGAGUCCUGGAAAGGAAUUUGUCAUUCAUCCAAAUUUCAUACCACAUCAACCUUCAAAUUAUGAUUUUGCUUUGAUUAAGGUAGCUAAAGAAAUAAUUAUUUCAAAAUAUCUCGACUUGUCUGACAAACCAUGGCCCCAAGAUGAGCAGAUGUAUAAACGAAAAUGUAUCACCGUAGGGUGGGGAAGUAUAGCAUCAGGUCGUACUGUUUCGAACCAGCUACUUAUGGUAAAUGUUACAGCAAGACAUGGUUAUCUGGGAUGUAAAUGCUUUUUUAGUAAUGAAUAUCUUCGUUUGAUAUGUACCAAUGAGAAGGAAUCUGGCCUGUGCGAAGAAGAUUUAGGAGCGCCUCUCAUUUGCGACAACAAGGGAGUUGGCAUUGGCCACUGGUUUUUGCAAGUUCAAUCGUGCAAUCCGUUGAGACUAUCUGAAGUUAACAAAACUUGCGCCAACACAAUCAGUGUGUACAUGUAUAUCUGUCCUGUGUUGAAUUGGCUACACAAGCAUGUGGCUCAUGUUCCCCUGGAGCCAGAUACUUGUAGAGGACAUAGAACUGCGACACAGUCACCACUUAUUUUCUUCUUCUUUCUGGCCUACACGAUCACUGCGAAUAUUAAAAGCCAAACGUUUAACUUUUUAUGAGAAAUAAAUAUUGAAAUCUGGUAAUCGUU